AUGAUAUCACACAUUGAGCUUCCAGAGGAUAUCUUGCGGCACAUAUAUUCCUUGUUGACAAUGCGAGAUGCAGCUCGCACAACAUGUGUGUCUCAGAGAUUUCUACAUUUCUGGAGGUGCUUCCCCAAGCUGGUAUUCAAUCCGGAAACUUUGGCCGUGGGCAGACAACCUUUUUUUCGGGGUGAAGAUAGAGGCAAGUAUAUUUUCAGGAAAGCACAAGAGGUGCUUGAGAACCACUCAGGCAUUGGAGUGAAGACGCUCAAGCUUCACCUCUCCACCUGUUGCAAGAAAGACAUCGACACCAGCCUUCUGGCUGGCUGGCUCCAAGCCUUUGUGAAGCCCGGAAUCGUCGACCUCGCUGUGUUGCUGCCUGAUUGCUAUGCAUUUGAAUACAGCUUUCCAUACUCGCUUCUGUUAAAUGAUGAUGUGGCCAACAGCAGAAUGCCCUCAGUUCUUAAGUCUCUUUACCUCAGCUCAUGUGGCUUCCAUCCCACACCCACAGACGACCCAAGGAUGCUUGCUUUCUCUUGGAGCUUAUCGAGACUGCGAUUGUGCAAGGUCGGUGUCACUGGGAAUGAAAUAUGGUUUUUUCUUUCUAGCUGCUUCUCUCUAGAGCGGCUGGAUCUCUCAAACUGCGACAUGAUAACCUACCUGAAGAUACCCCAUGUUCUACGGAAGCUCAAAACAGUGUGGGUGAGAAUGUGCAGAGAGCUGGGGGUGAUCGAAAGCCAUGCUCUGAAGCUCUCCACCUUUAGCUACGAAGGACGGCGGUUGUCGAGAUUCACACUCGGAGACUCAUUGGAGACGGAGGAGUUGGACAUGCACGCCGCACACAUGCAGGACAUGCUCCAGUAUGCAGGCAGCAAUUUGCCAUCCAUUGCACCAAACCUUGAAACGCUUGUGCUGUGA